AUUGUUUUUCUUUUUUUAUUUGUAAAUAAUUAAUACAUAUCAACUUUUCCUUUUCUCUAAAAUAAAUAUGACAGAAAAAGAUAAUAAUAGUGAGACCUUAUCUCAAACACAAUAUAAUCAGCAAAAUGAUAUAGUAACUACAGGUGCAUCAUCCACCAUUGUUCGAACACAAGCUGCAUUUGUCAAUAAAUUAUACAAAAUGUUAGAGGAUAAAUCUAUUCAACAUUUGAUAACUUGGUCUGAUAAAGGUGAUCUCUUUAGUGUCUCUAAUCCUACCGUCUUUUCAAAAGUAGUCUUACCUCAAUAUUUUAAACAUAAUAAUUGGCAAAGUUUUGUUAGACAAUUGAAUAUGUAUGGCUUUCAUAAAGUAAAUGACAUGAUUCAUUCCAACUUGACAUCCGACAAUCAAACAUGGGAAUUUAAGCACCCUCAUUUCAAAAAGGGAAAUAUUGAAGGUUUACAAAAUAUUAAAAGAAAAAGUGCAAAGACGGCCUUUUCCAAUGCGCAGAAACGUUUAUUAAAUAAUGGCAAUUGUAGUAAUAGUGGCAGUAGCAGUAUUAAUAGUUAUGAAAGUCAUAAUGAUAAUUUUCGAGCGAAAUUUGAAAUCGAUGAAGAUAUUUAUGGUUCCUUUUACAAGCAUAUACUACAUAUUGAAGAUCGUCUUCAAAGAAUCACUCGAUCUUAUGAAAUUUUAAAUAAUGAAACAAAUUCUUUACGAGAAUUAGUACUUCAACAACAAAAAACAUUUAGUGAGUUUACUAAGCUAUUGUCUGAUCUGUUUGAAGAAGGAAGUAAGUAUUGAUUUAUUUGUUUGUUAUACAUUCUCAGUAACUAGAACAUUUGUCAAUAGUAAAUAAUGGAAUCGACGGAUCUAAAAAAGAAGUUUUUAUUGAAAAAAUAAAUAAAUUACAAUCAUUAACUAUACCAGAAAUUAAAGCUUCCGUACUACUUCAACAACAAAGCUAUCAUAAUGAUGAUAAUGAUAAUAAUAAUAAUAGCGGUAGUAACGCCACCAAUAAUAAUAGUAGUAGUAGGAGUAAUAGUAAUAGUAGUAGGAGUAGUAGUAGGAGUAGUAGUAAUAGUAAUAAUAAUAGUAGCAAUAGCAGUAUUAAAAGUAGUAGUAGUAGUGGUAAUAUUAGUAGUAGCAGUAGUACUCGAUCGUUUGAACAAUUUACAUCAUUA